UGGCGAUUCCUCACCUUCCUCAACAUCCACACCGCCCUGUUAGGCAUCUAAGUAAUUUACUUCAAACCAACAGAAUGUUGGCCUUUCGUUUGUAACGAUCAGAAAGGUAUGAAUUGAUAACCCUCUUCCUGCUUGACUCCAUUCAUCCCACCACCCUCUAAAUCUUUAUCUGUUACACAACUUCCUAUACCUUUAAUUUACUACUCAUCUCUUCAAGCUUAAUAACUUUCGGGCUUCAGCUUCUUUAAUUUUUGCUUCUCAAUUCUUAAUCACUAUUCAAGCUCACGUCUUUCAAAGCCUCAUCGUCACGAAUUCGAAAUGAAAAGAUCCAGUAUGGAAUCCUUUGUACUUUUGUCCAUUGCGCUCAUCACCCAAGUCAGAGCGUUCCCCCAAUACGCGGCUUACAAUCAUCGAUCUGCUGGAAACUCAAAUGAACUACAGAAUGCUGAACAAGGUCUAAUCCUCCCUUCAGGACCCAUGGGCACUGAUCAUAACUCGGGCUUGUUAGGGCUAGGUAUCCCAUCGAGUAUAGACUUGGCACCCCUCAUCACCGUCGGAAGAAAAAUCAUCCCGGACGCCGAACAUGCAUUUAUGGAACCUGGUCCAGGAGACAUUCGCGGACUGUGCCCUGGACUCAACAUCAUCGCCAAUCAUGGAUACAUUCCUCGAAACGGUAUUACCGAUAUGAUCCAAUUGGCGUAUGGUCUAGAAGAAGGCCUUGGGAUGAAGAUGUCAAUAGGAAGAAGUGAUUCUAGAACAGAUGGACCACUUACCAAUCUUCUUGGAAGAGCUCCUGGAUUGUUUUCUGCUGAAGCGCAUGAUAAAUAUGAGAUUGAUGGAUCUUUGGCAGCCGAUGAUGCUUAUUUCUCAGCUGAUAAAGUGUCUCAUUUCAAUGGAACUCGAUGGAAUCGAUGGAGAGAAAUGGCUGUUGACAAAUACCAAGGUAUCAUGUCAAUUGAGUGGAACUCGGAAGUUCGAUACAUGCAGAAUGCCGAGAUACGAAUCCAGAUUGUCAUUGGGUUUGCGUUCUAUGCCGGUCAAAAUUUCAUUUCGACCAUCAUGCCAUCCUCUGAAUCCGACGGAAAACCUGGUCCAGCCCUGGUAGAUUCUAUUGAUACUUUCUUCGGAUAUCACAAAGAUUCAACUGGUCAAUAUGCUCGUCAAGAUAGUCGUUAUCCUCCGGGUUCUAGUGGAGUUUGGUACCGACGAACGAUUCCUCAUACUUUGGCCGAGUUUGUUGAAGCUGGUAUUGCUAGUAUAGCACCUCGUAAGUACUUCAUCUCUCGAAUGAUCAUCAAUCAAGACUCAGAGCUAACCUUGUAUUCUUUUCCCAGACCUAUCUUUGGCGCCAACAAUGGCGGGCUAGGUACAUGGAGUGUCGAUCCUCUUCAAAUCAAUUCUCUCGCAGACGUCAACCUGAGCUGUAUGAUCCUUAAUCGUCUGCUUGACGUUGAUGAUACUCGUUAUGAAGGUUUGGAUAAAGAUGCCCUUAAGUUACUAUUGGAAAACAUCACAGCCGAUCUUCGUCAAAAUGUAGGAUGUUAG